UUCAUGCAACGUUGCCCUUGUUCGUCGCGCUAUACUCGUAACGUUCCUCACACUUCUCAAUGUAUGUAUCUUUCAGAGGUCGGCGGAGGUCGGCGGAGGCGAGUGGAGGUGGAGCGGAGGUCGGCGGAGGUCGGCGAAGGUCGGCGGAGGUCGGCGGAGGUCGGCGAAGGUGGAGCGGAGGCCGGCAGAGGUGGGCGGAGGUCGGUGGAGGUCGAGAGGAGGUCGACAGAGGUGGGCGGUGGUCGGCGGAGGUCGGCGGAGGUGCUACGGAGGUGGGCGGAGGUCGGCGGAGGUCGGCGGAGGUGGAGCGAAGAGGUCGGCGGAGGUCGGCGGAGGCGAGUGGAGGUGGAGCGGAGGUCGGCGGAGGUCGGCGAAGGUCGGCGGAGGUCGGCGGAGGUCGGCGAAGGUGGAGCGGAGGCCGGCAGAGGUGGGCGGAGGUCGGUGGAGGUCGAGAGGAGGUCGACAGAGGUGGGCGGUGGUCGGCGGAGGUCGGCGGAGGUGCUACGGAGGUGGGCGGAGGUCGGCGGAGGUCGGCGGAGGUGGAGCGAAGGUGGGAGGAGGUGGGCGAAGGUCCGCGGAGGUGGGCAGAGGCGGGCGGAGGGGAUUGGGAUCAGGAUCGGGAAGCGGAAGCGGAGCGAGCUUGCCGCGUGGCGAACUUGCCACGUGGCGAUCUUGGCACGUGGGAGGCGGAGGUGGCGAACUUGCCACGUGGCAAUCUUGUCAUGUGGGAGGGGGAGGUAGCGAGCGGAAUUGGAAGCGGGGGAAAGUACAAGCAAGGGGGGAAGCCGGCGGAAGCGGAAACGGGGGGACAACGAAAGCAAGGGGGGAAGCCGGGGGAAGAAGAAGAAGAAGAGGAAAAAGAAGAUGAAGAAGAAGAAGAAGAAGGCGGACGAGGAGUCGACGACGCAGGCGCACCCGGAGUCAAAGGCUACGCGGUGGAGGUGGGGAAGCCGGCGGAAGCGGAGGUGGAGGAGGACACGCAAGGGGAGGCGGAGGCGGAGCCGGAGCUGGAAGUUGAGGUGGAGGAGGUGAGGAAGUGGACGGAAAUGGAGGUGGAGGAGGACACGCAGGGGGAGGCAGAGGCGGAGCCGAACCCGGAAGACGAUGCAGAGGAGGCUGGGAAGUCGUUGGAAGCGGAGGUGGAGGAGGUGGAGGAGGAUAGGCAUGGCCCACUUGCCACGUGGGCCACUUGGCACAUGGCGAUCUUACCACAUAGGUUAGCAGAGGAGGUGAUCGAGCGGGAGAUCGAAGACAAACCCCUCGCGGAUUUCGUUAAGACCAGGAUUCGGAUACUCUGGCUGAAGAACCGGAGCGUAGCGCAAUUAAUUCACAACCAGAAGGGUUUUGCGUGCAUGAAGGAACAUAGCUGCCCGUGCGCGAAGCUCGAUUUGCAGAAGGUGGACGCGCACGUGAUGACGCGAUUCUCGGAGAUGGAGAUGCUGAAACGGUUACCGGCGAACAGCACAUUCUACUUGAACUCCAUCUCGGAACUAACAAAGAGACUCGYAGGAACUGCAGUACRUUUUAGAGCMGCGGGGUGCGACCAAGCUAUCGGGAGGUGUUAUGAUAUCAAAGACAUGUUCUCGCGGAUCCCGCAYGAAGCAGUGAUUCAGGCGGUACACCAGCUUCUCAGGAUCUAUGAGAACAAGGGAAGUAAGCAGGUCARAGUGUCUCGGAGGGGGARAAACUGUAUUAUUAGUGAUAACAAGAGAAAGACGGACGGUUAUGUUAGCUUGCCACUGAAGCUGAUUCUGGAAGGCGUAAGAUACGACCUGAGACACUCGGUCGUUAAAUGCGGAGAUAAAAUAGUCAGGCAAAUUUUUGGAAUUCCGAUGGGGAAGUCGACAAGCCCGAUCCUAGCCUCGAUUACCUGUGCUAUGGUGGAACUGCGCUUUAUCAAUGAGCUUGGAAGCGACAGAAGACUUGUGGGCGGCUGGAGAGUGAUGGAUGACAUCACCGUGAUCGUCGGAGUAAUGGGACAAGGCGRCAAUGCUGGACACCGCGAAGAUCUCUUCGAAUCCUUCGAAGGGAUCUACGACAAGAAUCUGGAGAUAGUGCGAAAGGACGACUGUGGGACGACGUGGCAGUUCGUUGGAGGUGAAAUGAUGAUCUGUAGAUCGCCACUUCAGCUUCACUACAUACCAAGUACAAGAAAUUCGGAAAGCMUGAAUGCAGACGGAGAACUUCGCUUCCAGACGAUGCAGGACUACAACUCAUAUUCAGCGAAAUGCGUGAAGAAGGCGGUAUUGACAACCACGAUUAGAAGACUGUGGGACCAGGCGACGAGCAAGGAGCUAGUACUGGGUGCUAUUGGCUUUGCUGUUUGCGAAGCGGACCUCCGGGGUUACCCCCCGGAGGUCUCUCYCRGUGCCCUGACCAAUUUGGUCAAGGCUGUGCCCAAUCGAGCACUACAGACCCUACGAAAGGCCUUUUCCUACUCAGCGGACAGAGGGAGCAGAAUUAGUAAGAAGGAAGGUGGCGAAUGGCGGUUAGACGGAGAAGAGCGAGAUAUGGUAAGACAUCCGUCAGCGGUACUUACGGAGCAUCUACGAGCGCAUCUGCCAUCCGGAAGGGAGUCUAUUAAUAGCUUGAUCGAGCUCCUGGGCAAGGUCGGCUUCUACGGCGGGGGUCGCUCUGCUGGUUGGCCAUUUUGCUUAUCUGGGCGAUCGACGACAGCGGCUAUGGGUGAGGCAGGCUCUAAUGGCGUGAGGGCGAACGGCUCCACGCAUGGCCACCACCAUGGGUUGGCGUUCGCUACGCGCGCUCUCCAUUUCCAGGACGAGAACGAUCCGUACGGUGCGAAGAACGCUCCCAUUUACCUGACGGCCACUUUCCAGCUUCCCUCCGUGACGAAGGCUGGUUCGUUUCUGUAUUCGCGGUUCGACAACCCGACGAGAUCGACGCUGGAGAAGCACAUUGCUCGGCUUCACGAUGCGGAUCGUGCGUUCUGCUUCUCGACGGGAAUGGCUGCCCUGACGACGGUGAUGCAGCUGGUCGAGGUCGGCGACGAGAUCGUGGCGGACGAUGACAUAUAUGGCGGAACGGACAGGCUGCUCACCAGCCUAGUCCCUCGGUGGGGCGUGACGGUGAAGCGCGCCAACACGAGCAAUCUGGACGAGAUCCGAGCGGCAGUGACGCCGAAGACCAAGCUCGUGUUCCUGGAGAUCGCAACGAACCCUCUGCUGCAGAUCACGGACAUCGCCGCCAUCUCAGAGAUCGCGCACAGGACCGGCGCGCUGGUCGUGGUGGACAACAGCAUCAUGUCGUCGGCACUGUCGAGGCCGUUGGAUCACGGCGCCGAUAUCGUGAUGGAGUCGCUGACGAAGUUCAUGUCCGGGCACAGCGACGUGAUGGGCGGUUUCCUGGCGGUCAGGGGGGAGCAGCUUGCCAAGGACAUCCACUUUCUCCAGUCCGCAGAGGGCGCGUGUCUGAGCGCGUUCGACAGUUUCCUGAUCUUGAGGGGCAUGCAGACAUUGUCUUUGCGAGUGGGGAAGGCUCAGGAGAACGCGCAGGUCAUCGCGGAGUGGCUGGCGAAGCAUCCGCUUGUGAAGAAGGUGCUCUAUCUGGGGCUGCCCGGCUUCCGCGACAGGGAUCUCCAUUUCAAGCAGUGCUCCGGGGCGGGAUCGGUGCUCUGCUUCACGACCGGAGACGUCCAGCUGUCCAAGCUGGUCGCGGACGGCGUUGAGGUCUUUCAGAAGGCUGUGAGCUUCGGCAGCGUGGGCUCGCUGAUCAGCUUGCCCUGCUUCAUGUCCCACGCCAAUGUGCCCAAGGCCGUCCGAGAAACCCGCGGCCUUCCGGACGAUCUCGUACAGCUGGGUGUCGGGAUCGAGUUCGUGGGCGAUCUCAUCAAGGACUUGGACCACUCUUUCAAGAAGGCUAUGGCGACGCUUGGAGGACAGGCGUCACCCAAGUUCGAUCCCAUCCCCUCCAACAAACCCGUCUAUAAGCCUCGCUUCCAUUAGUAAUAAACCGCCGCCAUCUCGAAACAGUUUACUCCGAGGUUAGCAGAAAAAGGGCUGUUAGGAACGACGACGACGACUCUCACCCGGCGUCGCCGGCGAUGGCUGGUCUAUGACUUGUUCCCUACUUUUGAACGUCGUUUUCUUUUCGCUUCUGUCGAAAUAGUUUCGUUGUUAGGUGCUCUCUGUGACAUCAGCUAGCUAACUAUGUAAAUUCUUCCUCACAUUAAUCCUGCAAACGGCGACCGUCUUGCAUUUCGGAUUUCCAAAAUUUUCGCUUUUUCCUCGUUUGAACUUUGAACUAUUAACUGUGUACAUGCAUUCCCCUUAUCUUAGGCGAGGAGGUUGUCCAGUUGCGCGCCCUUUCCCCAUGGACGCGGGGUUACCAAGUUGUCUACCCGCCUUCUUCCGAAGACAACGCACCCUCAUUUUGUCUGCACCUCACCGGAAAUAUAGCUUCUGUACAUUCAUUAUCGGGGUGCGUUAUGUUCGAGGGAAGACGGUAGUCGUCUACUAGGGUUUCCCCAUCAACCCGCUGGGUAAGGAACUUGUCCAGUUGCCCUGGUUUCCCCCACUAACUCGUGUAAAAGAGUGGUCCAGCCGUCCGGGAUUUUCCACAUUAACUCGGAUUAGGAGGAAAAUCCAUUUGGCAAGUGCCAAGUGGGAUGUCAAUUAACCGGUGUAACCGAGGGGUCCAGCUGUCCGGAUUUAUGUCGAUUAACCGGUGUAGCCGAGGGGUCCAGCUGUCCGGAUUUUCCUCAUUAACUCGGGUCGGGUUAGGAGGUUGUCCGGUCGGCAAGUGGGAUGCAAGUGUGCCGUCGAAUGGCUUCAAGUUGGUCGUCUUCAAUGACAUGCACUUGGCGAAAAGACCGGCAGUGGACAUGCUACUAGUGCACGCUGGAGUGGGUUUUGUUCAUGGCUUUGGUCAGGACUACCUAUCUUCGCUGACCUGCUUUGGGCGGUUGAGAAAAAAUUAUGUCCUUGAGGAGGGGGGAGAGACGUAUGUGAAAGCUACCUAGUAUGGCCGGCGUUCGCCGUUACGGUACAACUAAGGACGUUCUUUGCCUUUUGGUCUGUUUUGUUUUGUCCUUCGUGUCCAUUCGUCAGUCUGAGAGAGGACGUGAGGGCCCCGCCGUCUCUUUUGGAGGAGAUGAGAAGACAUAGGAUCAGGGUCGCGGCUGGGUAGCUUCUGAUUUUUUUUUCGGCCAUGUGUUGGCUGCCGACCUCUUUUCUGCUUACAGGGAUUUCCCGUUUUCUUCUCUGACUCUGAAGUGGGAUAACCCCUUGCUUUUUUUUUUUUUUUUUUUUUUUUUUUAAUACGUGAGCACCACCGCAUUUGAACUCGUUGCAUCGGAGGAAAAAGGAAAAUCCUCGCGCGUAUUCACUUACAGUUGGCAAUGCGUGCGUGUAAUACCAUUCAGCCGCACGCAACUGGUUGCAGGGUAAGUUUGGCCCGGCCCUGUGCUUGCGCCAUAGGGUUAGGUAUUGGGUUCAAUGGGUAGGUCUUUGGAUUGUGAAAUCACAGAGAGAUUGUGUUACUACGAUCCAGAGCUGUAAAGUACAUCGGAAGGUAGGUCUGGGAUUAGACGACUGCAGCAUGUGAGGAAGAAUCUUGGAAGGACAGUGGAAACGGUUUCGUUCGGGCUUCAAGUUGUUUGUCCCACUGUGAAUAGACGUCACCGCGUGAGGACCGGUGUCCCUGAUCGAGGAGCACGUGCUUUCAGACCGUGGCCGAGAUAAUUGGAAAUUUCGAGGUUAGCACUGCAUCAGUGCAUCCUUUCCUGUGCUGUGCUACGCUGUGCUGUCCUGUUCUUACGUUUGCGUCCUACCAGCCUACAGGUACUUGGUGAUUGGAGGGGAGCAGGGAAGUUGGUUAAUAGGGAAUUUGAGUGCAAACGGCAUUUAUGAUAUUAAUUGCUUGUAGAGUAGUCAGAGAAGGGAAGCUUAGGGCUCUUGGGUAAAUUCAAAGGCUGUGUGCCGCUGAGUCAGCAAUUAUUCGAGACUGAAGUAGGGGAUACGAUGGGGGGCUGGACUCGGAAGAAGAAGCCACAGACUCUGUCAGGGGAAUGAUGGUUCUACCGAAGGAAGGAUUUCGGGGAUCUGGGUGUGCUGCAGACUGGUUAUGGUUUCCCACAAAUAGGACGAAAGAGAUCAUACCCAUCACGCAGAUGGCUUUUUUAUCGUUCCUUUUUCUCCCUGCUUGGCAAUCUCUGGCGGCUUUGUGCAGAGGGCUUGCAGAUGGCCUUUCGAUCGUUCCUUGUCUAUCUUCUUGGCAAUCCCUGGCGGUUUUGUGCAGAGGGUUUGCUCUUCUUCACAAUCAUAACGAGUACUACUGUAGUGGUUAAUUAAGUAGCGUAAUGUAAUUAUACUGUCAUGCGUCCGCGUGGCGCUUUCUCUGUCCUCGGUAAGCAUAUUGUGCAUACUGUUACUGCUGUAGUGGUUUGAUCUCUCGUCGGUGGGCUCUGCCACAAUAUUACAACGGGAGCUCUGCCCCGUGCAUGUUGUGCAUACUGUUACUGCUGUAGUGGUUUUGAACGUUCUCGACUUCAUGAAGCAAUGUAUUGGAACGGGGCAAUUGCCGUGGUUUGAUCUCUCGUCGGUGGGCUCUGCCACAAUGUGGGUGGGUCGGAGGAAUGUGAUUCAGUGAAUGAAGCACAGGCUAUCGG